AAAUGCGUACUAUCAGUAAUUUUUAAAUAUUUGCAUUAUGAUGUAACAAAAUGCCAUACCGGUUUAAAGUGUUUUCUGGACUCAAUAUAGAUAUUUGGUUCAAAUACUUUCGAUCACAAGACCCAACAGAGCACAUACAUUUUUGUGCAAUAAAGUUCAACAUAGUCUCUUUUUUUCAGUCGUCUUCUUUUGCGUUUAAUUUAUCAUAAAUUCCUUAUCGUAUUCCUUAUCGUUACAGGAUAAGUGUGAUAAGCUUCAAAUGAAAAUUCGAGAAUAUGAAUUGCGAGAGAAAGAAAGUCGCACAAAGUAUAGACAGGAACUAUUCCGUGAGUUACAAGAACAAGCGUCUCAGGAAGAAUCAGACGAUGAAAUAAAUGAUACUGAUCACAAGCCACGGAAACAAAAAUCUGUUACGGUAAAAAAAUGGAAAUCAAAACUUAACGACGUUGAUAGUAAACCACUCUAUGAUGUGUCCAAUGUUACUGACGAUAGUAUAGUGGAUGACGAUGUUACUAAAGACCCAGACUGGAAAAAAACUCCUCUUUAUAAGAGGAUUCGAACACUUUGGACGAGGUUAACAUUAUUCACUGACUUUUCUACUGACCCGACGCCCGUGAAAGCAACGAAGAGAUCAAGGAAGUCAAAAAAGCCGGAUGAAGAGAAACAAACCUUUUUAGAUGUAACAACGACGUUAGAAUCAAUUUAA